UUAGAAUGCGUCACACCGACAUUCUAAUGUAAAAACAAAAAGAAGAUUAAUUUAAUUAAAGACAAGGCUGUAUGGGCAUUGUUCCCUUUGCCUUCCCUAAAACGGGAGAAGUUCAACAAAAAAAAAAUAACCUCACUGUUUUGUUUAUUUAUUUUUAUUUUUGAAAAGUACUGAGGAUCUGUAAAUAUGUGGAUUUUAUGGUUUUGCGUAUUUUUUAUUAAUACGUGGAAAAGUAAUACUCUGGGAUUUGUAAACGAUGUAAAUUUACCAGUUGAACACAUUCCAUUUUAUUUCAAUAGUUUUAAAAGUGUAGCUGAAGAAUGCGCAAAAACCCCUGAAUGCCGUUAUAAAAAUUUUAUCUCCAGGAAAGCUUGCUGGGGCUAUGAAAAUAAUUGUAAUAAAUCACACUCAUAUCACAUUAGACCUCGUUGUCCUGGUGAUCACCGAGGUUGGGUUAAAUCGAAAGAGGCACAAUAUUCUACAUUCUAUACACAAGCAGAUUUCGGUUAUGUCAAAGAACAAAUAGAUGAAUUAAUGGUUUUAUGUGAAGCUUUAUAUCCCCAUGAUAGCUCUCUUGAAUGCUCUAAAUAUUUAAGGUUUUGUCGAGGACGUAACCUCAUGUUGAAUUUCACAGGACUAAUAGGCCGAGGAAAUAAUUUACGCUAUAAAAUGGAUAUACUAGGUCCUGGUCAAAUAGGUGGCCAUUGCAAUUAUUAUUCUGAGAGAUUAAUCAAGGAAGCAGAACAUAUGAGCGCCUUACAAUCGUGGGCACCAGAAUUAGUUAAUUUUGUUAGAACUGCAAAAAUACCAAUAGCAGAUAAAAUGUGUGAUGUAGUAGUAGAUAAACCCACAUAUAUCAUGAAACUUGAUGCAACUGUGAAUAUGUAUCAUCAUUUCUGUGAUUUUUUCAAUUUGUAUGUAUCUCUUCAUGUGAACUCCACACAUCCUUCUACAUUUUCAAGGGACAACCAAAUAUUAGUGUGGGAAACAUUUACAUAUGAUUCCGUUUUUAAAGAUGCUUUUAAAGCGUUCACAGUGAAUCCUAUAUGGGAUUUGAAAACAUUAAGGGGAAGAGUUGUAUGUUUUAAGAAUGUAGUUUUUCCUCUUUUACCUAGAAUGAUCUUCGGUCUUUAUUAUAAUACGCCUUUGAUAUACGGGUGCGAGAGAAGUGGCUUGUUCCACGCAUUCUCGAAACACAUUCUUCAUUCCUUGAAUGUAAAGUUACAAUUACGUGAAAAUGAUAAAAUACGAGUUACAUUGCUUUCUAGAGGAACGACUUAUAGAUCUAUAUUGAAUGAAAAAGAACUCGUUAGUGCAUUGCUCAAAAAUAAAGAAUACUACGUUCAGAGAGUGGUAUAUGAUAGAAACAUGCCAUUUACUAAGCAAUUGGAGAUAACACACAAUACAGAUAUAUUGAUUGGUAUUCAUGGUGCAGGCUUAACUCAUCUUCUGUUCCUUCCUGAUUGGGCAGCAGUGUUUGAGAUUUACAACUGCGAAGAUCCCAAUUGUUACUUCGAUUUGGCGAGAUUGCGAGGACUCAAAUAUGUCACUUGGGAAAACAAAAAGAAACUGGUACAACAGGAUGAGGGUCACGGUCCCAACGGGUCUCACGCGAAAUUCACAAAUUAUUCGUUCGACGUACAAGAAUUUCUUAGAUUGGUUGCAAAAUGUGCGGAGCACGUGAGGAAACGACAAGAUUUCAAAAACUUUGUAGAAGCCUCCCUCCUGAAGAAAAUGCACGAAGAGCUGUAACCUGGAAGAGCUGCAAACUAGGCAAAUAACUAUUCAAGUACAGUUAAGAUAAAAGCUACUUUUUGUAGUUAAUUGUUCGAAUAAUUUUUUGGGGAUUACGACUGCAUCUCUGCAUGACAAUCUUGCCAAUCCGGGCUAAAAGAAUGAAAUGUUUUUUUGAGACUACGGCUUUGUUGACUUUGUGCAGUGUGUGCGUGAGCCACCAACUCUUUCGAGUUGUUUGUAGCAACACAUUGACAUAAUAUAUACAUUUCGAAUACCAAGCAUCCGUGCAUAAUGAAUUGUUGUUGAAUUAACUAUUUUAUUAUAAAUCAAUAUCUCUUAUUAUCCUAUGAUUUAGUGAAAAAGAGCAUACAUGUUGAUAAUGGAAUGUUUGCUUACGCUGAUUUGGACAAAUUGUUUAUUUUAGCAAAUUACAACACGCUUUAUAUGAUACAUUUUUUUUAAGUUUCUUGCUGAUAGAAUCUUUUAUUCUCGAAGGGUAAAAACUUACUUAUAAAUAAUUAUAUUUAGAUUUCUGCCGUAGCUUGAACCGCAUUUGAGAUUAUACUGUUGAGAAUCAGCCUUAUAACAAUCACUAACUCAUACCCUCAUUGUUGCAUUUACCUAUGACAGCUGUCAAAGUAUGGAGUGUGUCAUCGUCUGGCAUGCGCACGCCUGUUCAUUCUUUAUUACCUAUAUUUGAGAGCAAUUAUAGAUUAAGUGGAGACAGUUGGUUUCACCUGUAAUGGCCCGCGCAGACAACGGACUUUUCUCCGCGUAUUAUGAAAAAAUUGACCGCCGAGGACUUUUUACGGACUUAACGCAGACUAUGCGGACAUUUGUCCUCCCAAAUUUUUGUGAGACGCUCUAUGGAAGCAAUAAAUAUUCUGAGAUAAAGCUUUUUGUAAUAACAUGAAGUUUAAAAAAAAGACGGUCCAAAAUAGAAUACUGGGUCCAUCCCUUUAUAUCGGAUUGAUUAUUUGUAUUGUUAAGAUUAUUUAAGCCUUGUAAAGGGAGGAGGAAGAAAUCUUUAUGAUGUUUUCUUCCUCGUUUCUUUCCUUAUUCAUUGCCCCAUAUGCCCUCUUGACCGCAGUCAGUUCGGUCUUUAACCUUUCCAUUCGUCCUUCAGGUGUUGGUAAGAGGAUUUUAGUUUGGCUAUUUCUGCGUUCGCUGCCUCCAGUUUUCCCUCCUCGGACACGUUCUACAAGAUUUGUCUCACUUCCGGCUCUCUUCCAUCCUCUUCUAGUUUUUGCAGAAAUUGUUGUCUUGUAGGGUCGGAAUAUUCUUAGCUAUCUCAUCAAUACCUUUAGCUAAUCUUUUGACCUUCCCCUGGUCUACUCCAGUCCCUUCAUAAUCCUUCCCUUUCCUCUUUUAGAAUACUCUUCUUCUUCUUCAUCUUCACUAUCCUCCCUGGUCCCGGCUAUGAAGCCAGCAUACCCGCUGCCUCCCAUUUCCCGGUCAUAUUCCUCUAUGUAGGCGUUAUUUCUCAUCCAGAUGUCCAAUUUGCGCAAUCCCGAUUGUCCAUAUCAUGCCCCGCUCUCGGUUUUAUCCCUCCCGGAUGAGUGAAUUUUGGGUAAUGCAUAAGGAACGCCUUUCGAUACCGCCUAUGCCCGGUAGGGCCGCUGCUUAGUUUCCAUAGAAACUUUUACAAUGGCGAUAGGAAUACUUUCUCGCUAAUUUAUCGUCGCAUUCGACGUCACAUCGCAGUUUAAGGAUCUAUUAUCUCACCAGACGUCGAGUCUUUAAUUAGGACUGUCAGAUUUCAGAAGAUGUCAAGUUGUAAUUUGAGCUUAAUGUCGUCUCGUAGGGCAUCUGUCAGCGCGACAAGAUAUGCCACUAUGAGAUAUAAGGUUGAGUAUGCAUUGCUUAAUCUCAAAUGUGUUUUAAGCAUAGGCACGAACACUUAAGUUCUAUAGUGAGUGUAUGUGCAUUGACUAGUUGGUUUCUGUAAGGCAGGUGACCUACACGUCCUCUCUCGUUCUAAAAUUUAUUACUUCUGUAUGUUUCAAAAAGAUCUCUUAUCUAUUAGACAAGUCCGUCCGUCCGUCUGUGGUGCUGUUUCAGCGGCCAAACCGUAAGAGAUAGAUAAAGAGAAUAUUUAAGUUAUAAGUUAAGAAUAGUCUGAUAAGACUACAAACCGGAUUUGAGUAACGUAGCACUUCCGGUUUUCGAGAAAUCACGAAUUUCAAACGAAACCACACAAAAUCUCCGAUGUUCUCAAUUAAUUAAAUACAUUUUUUUAAAAUCAGGUUUUGGUGAACAUUUGGUUCACUGGUUUGCUAGUAGAGCUAUAUUGCAUAAAAUCUGACGCAUGAGUUACGUACUUCUCUUUAUCAAGUACUUAAGUUUUUUUAAGAUAACUUUAAAUUUAAAAAUGUAUUUAAACUAAUGUGAUACUAUUGUGAUUUUACUGCAUAGGUUUAAGCAUUAUAUCGAAGAAGAUGCUAUUAAAUACAAACAACAAAGAAACAAAUUGUACAAAUAAGUAGAUCUUUGAGGUAGUCUCACAAUGUUAUUAGUAGUAAUGUGUGCUCAUAUAUUAUGAUGAAUCAUCUCAUAAGCAGGUGCAGAAUUCGAAUAAGCAUAAUUUGAAAACAUUUACAUUAUUAUGUAUUUUUCCUUUACUAUAAGGAUAAAAGAAGCUCGCCGAUCCGAUCGUUAGGAUCGGAUCGCCGCACCCAUCACAAUAACGACGAGUGUGAUAUCUUUUUGUCAAAGACAUUAAUUUAUUAUGUCCUUACAUAUGAAAUUAGCGAUUUGUCGUACUGACCACUUUGAUCUGAAAUAUCAACUCUUUGGUUAAGAAUUGCAAAUUCAAAUUUAUAAAUUCAU